GUUGUAAUUGCCAUUGUUGUACACUGCCAGUGCUACGGACUUACCGUUAUCCGUUCAACGUUGUGUGUUGCAUACCUCAUCGAGGCCUAGCCACUUACCGUUUGGCCAUAUUUACCGCAAAUUUUUGGUUCAGUGAUAUUUGAUUUUUGUUAAGUGUAACGCCUGCUGCCAGGAUAAUUUCCAGAAUGUUACCCGCUGCCUGUCUAUGCCUGGCUCUACUCUUCGUCGCGUGGCAUCCACAACCAACCGCUGGCCGCAGCUACAGCAGCGGCCUCAUCUUCUACGAGCUGGCCACGCACACGCCCUAUCUGCCGCCCACUGUGAGCGCGGCGCGGGGUCGCAACCUAGCCAGCGUCAAGUACUCGUCGAAAGGCUCCAUUUGGUCCACAUUUGGGCAGCCGUGUGACUGCCGUGGUCCCGUCUGCGGCUGCUGUGCCGGCCUCAAGGUGGAUCAGUACAAAUUCGACCAAAAAGUAUGUGCAAAUGUCACGUUUGUGCCACAGCUGAAGGAGGCGCAGCUAGAAGUGUACCUCAAUAAGCGCCCCUCAUCAAAGUACGGGAUCUCGGUGCGGAAUCCGGCGCCGUUUUGCAUACCCGUCAUGAUGGGGGUGCCCAUGGCCAUGUGCGUCCAGAUGACUGAUGUAACCCUGGUGGGCAACAACCUGAACAUGUGCAUGGACUUUGUGGUGCGGCUCGCCACCACAGAUCUCUUUGAGAUGCACUUCCAGUGCAUGCGAAUGGGCCUCGACGGCCUCCAGUAUGUGGACAAGAAUGGAAAGCCCGUUCUGCCUCCCGCCGAAUCACAGGGCAAUGAUGAUGAUGAUGAGGAGCAAAUGGAACUUGGAAAUGGUUCUGGUGCGGAGUAUGACUAUACUGAAGCAGAGGAGGAGGAGAAGCAGCAGUCAAUUGAAAGUGAAAUUCUAAUGGCCAGCGAUCAAGACUUGGCCAACAAAGAAUACCAAAUGGAGGCUGUCAACGAGGCGGAGUUGGAUGCAGACUCAGAGGCGGAGGCGGAGACACCUGCCAAUGCUGGCUAGAGCGGCCUAAAGCUAAACGAAAUAAUUGAAACAAUUACCAAUUCAAUAAAAGCCCCUGAGGCGCCUCUAACAAUCACAA